AUGACAUUCACUAUAUUCUUCUUUCUUUCUUUUCUUUCUGGACAUUCACUAUAUUCUUUCUUUCUUUCUUUUCUUUCUUUCUUUUCUUUCUUUCUUUCUUUCUUUCUUUCUUUUUCGUUCAUUUAUUCCAUUCCUUUGAAACUAUUUCUUUCGUUCAUUCGAUUUCUUUCUUUCUUUCUUUCUUUCUUUCUUUCUUUCUUUCUUUCAUAUUUUUUAUAUUAUUUUCUUUUCUUUCUUUAUUUUUUCUUUUUUUCUUCUUUUCUUUCUUUCUUUUUUUGUUUCUUUUUUUCUUUCUUUCCUUUUCUUUCUUUCUUUCUUUCUUUUUUUUCUUUUUUAUUUUCUUUUCUUUUUUCUUUUUUUUUCUUUCCGUUCAUUUAUUAUAUUGUCUCUUUCUUUUUACAGUCACUCAUUUUCUUUUUUUCUUUUUUUUCCUCUUUUUUCUUUCUUUCUUUCUUUCUUUCUUUCUUUCCCUCUUUCCUAACUCGUUUUCUUUCUUUCUUUCUGUUCAUUUGUUAUAUUGUCUCUUUCUUUUUUACAGUCACUCAUUUUCUUUCUUUCUUUCUUUUCUUUCUUUCUUUCUUUCUUUCUUUCUUUCUGCUUCCAUAA